CUCUCGCCGCAAUCCCUCCUCGGUGCAGUCCAACCUGCUGCUGCUGAAUUUUUCUUGACAAAUGUUUUUCAAAUAGUUUUUUUUUUUAAGUGUCAGAAUAAAGGUAUCUCCCCCGGCUCCAGCAGCAAACGUUCUACCCCAAGGUGGAUUCCCGCACAAAAUUAAGCUCAAAGACGCCAAGAGAUGGUGACGUGGUUGCCGUGCAGGUCGAAGGCACAUCAAUCACCACAGCUGCAGCCCACACCAGUCCCCCACCACCAGGCUCAGGCAGACUGACUCAGUCGGCGUUCGGCCCGCCUGGGCUUCCCGGGCCCCUUCCGUGCAAACCCUCCCGAUGAAGGCAGGGGACUUCGCCAGGGAACCCCGACCUCUUCCCCCGGACUGCCCAGAGCCGAGGGCCGGAGGAGGACGGUCCCCAGGAAGGAAGCGCCCCAAAAGGGGAAACGUAGAGUCCGGAGCCCCGUGGAUUCCGCUCCACGUCCCAAGCCUCGCCGCCCUGACGCGAACCCCGGGGCCGGUCCCGGUUCCCCCGGGGCCCACUCCCGGGGUAGAGCGGAGAGGAAAAGGCACCAGAGAGGCGCCGAGCGCAGCCUCCCAUACUCACCGUGGCGCAGCUGCUCCGCUCAGCGUCCGGCCCGCCCCUCCACAACGCUGCGAGCGGCCGGCGACCCCAAGGCUGCUCUGCGAGGGCAGCGCUUGCUCCCGCCGCCGUCACCGCCACAGGCACAGGUUCUGCCACAGCCGCCGCCGCCGCCGCCCGGUCGCCGAAGCAGCAGUGCCUCCUCGCUUCCGCUCCCUGUCGGUGUCCCGCGAGAACUUCUCCACGAGGCCCCGCCCCGCCCCGCCCCCGCGAGACUUUCCCCGGCGGAAAAGGCCCAGAGCGCAAGCGCUCCUCCUCGGCCGGGCCCCUGCAGGAUCUCACUCUUGUCACCCAGGCUGGAGUGCAGUGGCGCAACCUCAGCUCACUGCAGCCUUGACUUCCCAGGCUCAGGUAAUUCUCCCAUCUGAGUCUCCCAAGUGGCCAGAACUACAGGCCGGGCGCAGUGGCUCACGCUUGUAAUCCCAGCACUUUGGGAGGCCGAGGCGGGCGGAUCACGAGGCCAGCAGAUCGAGACCAUGGUGAAACCCCGUCUCUACUAAAAAUACAAAAGAAUUAGCCGGGCGUGGUGGCGGGCGCCUGUAGUCCCAGCUACUUGGAGAGGCUGAAGCAGGAGAAUGGCGUGAACCCGGGAGGCGGAGCUUGCAGUGAGCCGAGAUCACACCACUGCACUCCAGCCUGGGUGACAGAGCAA